AUCAUCAUCAUCAGCAUCAUCUCCGCUCUCUUACCGGCAGCGGGAAACCUCUUCCUCCUCCUCAUCCUCUUCAUCAGCGCGAUCCGUCGGUACCGGCGUCCGCGGCGCGAUGCGCGAUGGGUCAGGCGUGCGGACACUCGCUGCUCUGCCGUAGCCAGCAGUACCGGACCCCGGUGGCGGCCGAACUACGCGGACAGCAAGUGUUUCUGAGAGCUGACGACACACCUGCCCUGUCCUCCCUACAGGAUGCAUUGCUGCAGUUGGCCUCCGUUGUUGAUGUCAGCAGCCUUCAGACGACCAUCAAAGAUGUGCUCAGAGUUGUCCUGCCAAACGUGGAGUGUGUGUUCGUGUACCUGUUGGAGGCGGAGUCUCGGCUGCGAUGUGAGGAUCCGCCCCAUGAGGUGCCGCCAGAGGGCAAGCUCAGAGACGCAGUGAAGCAGCAGAAGAGACUGCAGUGCUCCGGCCUGCCAUCAGCAGAACUACACCAGAAACAGAGCGGCUCGCUGAGCACACCGCUGCCGGCCCACAAACAAGCGCUCGUGAUUCCUCUGGUGGACGGUGAUGAAGGGAAGGUGAUCGCUCUGAUUCUGCUCUGCUGUAAACCACUGACAGAACAAGAUGAACAAAACCUCACCAUCCUGGAGAAACAUCUCACUGUGGCCUGUAAGCGAGUCAGAGACAUUCAGAGAUGCUCCAAACGGCCACACACUCAAUCCCACAAUGCACCAGUGGAGCCCAAAACCAGCGUACAGGCAGAGGACUACAGAGAGCUCGACCGCAAAAUCCUACGGCUGUGUGGUGAGCUGUAUGAUCUGGACGCCGCCUCCCUGCAGCUCAAAGUCAUCAACUAUCUGCAGACAGAGACUCAGUCGCAGUGCUGCUGUUUACUGCUGGUCUCUGAAGACAACCACCAGCUCUUCUGUCAGGUUGUCGGAGAUAAAGUUUUGGAAGAGGAAAUCAGUUUCCCGCUUAUGUUCGGUCGGUUCGGGCAGGUGGUGGAGACAAAGACAUCCAUUAGACUACAGGACGUCAGCCAGGAGGAGCGCGGGUUACUGAGCAGUUUGUUGGGGUUCGAGCCGAGCUCUAUGCUCUGUGUUCCUGUUACCAGUCAAGCCACUGGACAGAUGGUGGCGCUAGCGUGUACCUUCAACAAACUGGGCGGACAGAGGUACAUGGAGGAGGAUGAGCAUGUGAUCCAGCACUGUUUCUGUUACACAUCGACGGUUCUCACCAGCACACUGGCCUUCCAGAAGGAGCAGAAACUCAAGUUCGAGUGUCAGGCUCUGCUGCAAGUGGCUAAAAACCUCUUCACACACCUCGAUGACGUGUCUGUGUUACUGCAGGAGAUCAUCAUCGAAGCCCGAAACCUGAGCAACGCUGAGAUUUGUUCUGUGUUCCUGCUCGAUCACUUCAGUCAUGAGCUCGUGGCCAAAGUGUUCGAUGGAGGAGUCGUGAACGAUGACGAGAAGGAGUUUCGUAUCCCGGCGGAUCAGGGCAUCGCUGGUCACGUGGCCACCACCGGGAAAAUCCUCAACAUCAAGGAUGCGUAUUCCCACCCUCUGUUUUACCGCGGUGUGGAUGACAGCACGGGCUUCAGGACCAGAAACAUCCUCUGCUUCCCCAUCAAAGAUGAGAACGAAGAGGUGAUCGGUGUGGCAGAACUGGUGAAUAAAACCAACGGCCCGUGGUUCAAUCGUUUCGAUGAGGAUCUGGCAACCGCCUUCUCCAUCUACUGCGGCAUCAGCAUCGCUCAUUCUCUGCUGUAUAAGAAGGUCCAUGAGGCUCAGUUUCGCAGUCAUCUGGCCAAUGAGAUGAUGAUGUACCACAUGAAGGUGUCGGAGGAGGAGGUCACUAAACUCCUGCACAGCGGCAUCGAGCCGGUCCAGAAAAUCCACCCGGACUUCUCUGAGUUCACGUACACGCCGCGCUCUCUGAUGGACGACAGCACUCCGAUGGGUAUCCUGAGCAUGUUUGAAGACAUGGGCUUCAUCAACACCUAUAAGAUCAACCUGCACACUUUAGCCAGGUUUUGUCUGAUGGUGAAGAAGGGCUACAGAGACCCUCCGUAUCACAACUGGAUGCAUGCCUUCUCCGUCUCACACUUCUGUUAUCUGCUUUACAAGAACCUACAACUGUCCAACUACCUCGAAGAUAUAGAGAUUCUGGCGCUCUUCGUGUCCUGCAUGUGUCACGAUCUGGACCAUAGAGGAACCAACAACUCCUUCCAGGUGGAUUCGCAAUCUGUCCUAGCUGCCCUUUACAGUUCAGAGGGAUCUGUGAUGGAGAGACAUCACUUCGCUCAGGCCAUCGCCAUCCUCAACACACAAGGCUGCAACAUCUUUGAGAAGUUCUCCAGAAAGGAUUAUCAGCGGAUGCUGGAUCUGAUGAGAGACAUCAUCCUGGCCACAGAUCUGGCUCAUCACCUGAGGAUCUUCAAGGACCUGCAGAAGAUGGCUGAUGCUGGUUAUAACCCGAAGAGACAAAGCCAUCGCAGUCUGCUGCUGUGCCUCCUCAUGACCUCCUGUGACCUCUCUGACCAGACCAAGGGCUGGAAAACCACCAGGAAGAUCGCGGAGCUGAUCUACAAAGAGUUCUUCUCUCAGGGAGAUCUGGAGAAGGCGAUGGGAAACAGACCCAGUGAGAUGAUGGAUCGUGAGAAAGCCUACAUCCCUGAACUCCAGAUCAGCUUCAUGGAGCACAUCGCCAUGCCAAUAUACAAGCUCCUGCAGGAGAUUUUCCCGCGUGCGGCUGAGCUUUACGAGCGUGUGGCUGCUAACCGCGAGCAGUGGGCCAAAGUCUCGCACAAGUUCACCAUCCGCGGACUACCGAGCAACAACUCGCUGGACUUCCUGGACGAGGAGUUCGAGCUGCUGCAGUCUCAAGGCGCCUUCGGAGACGAUUCGCACCGCAUGAACGGAUGCCUGGACGACGACUGCGACAAACACGGCCAGUGACGUCACUGAUGCAUUGUGUCUUGGGAAAUUCAGUAGUUACCGACGAGGCUUUGAGGAAAGGUUCGUUGUCUCCUUUCUGCCCUUGCUUUGGAGACGGGUUUUGCAGGAUGAAGGAUGGAUGAUGCUGCGCCUUUGGCGGAGUGUUUAAUAUUACACAGACAUUUGGACUGAAAAAGUCAGAUUCUCAGUGGCCCCAUUGUAAUAGCUAAACAUUUGAAUGUGAAAAUGAAAACUCAUAUAUCACCUAAACAACUAGUUGUAACACUUAGCCCAGUGUUACAUUUGUACAAGUUGUAACAGUUCCAGGAGUCUAGUGAUACAUGUUUAAAUCAGUGUUCCAGCUGCCUGCUGUUACAGUGUUACAUUUUUGAAACUUGUAACAAUUCCAGAAGCCUGUUGUUACAGUUUUAGAGCUUGUAACACUUCCUGCUGCUUGGUGUUACAUUUUUACAACUUGUAACAAUUCCAGCAGCCAGUGUCACAUUUUUCUUUUAUUUUUUUUAGACCUUGUAAUAAUUCCAGCUGGCAAGUUUUUAGAAUUUGUAACAAUUCCAGCAGCCUGGUGUUAGUUACAUUUCUAGAACCUGUAAGAAUUCCAGCAUUCAGAUGUUACAUGUUUAAAACUUGCAACAAUUCUGGGAGCCCAGUGUUUUUCCAGCUGUCCAAUGUUACAUUUUUAUCGUUUUUAUUUUAGUAGUUAUUUUGUUGCACAUCCAAGAAGCAGUUAACUGAAAUCCUACAAGAAAAAACGAAGCCACUGUUUUCUUUUCUGCGUCCUCAGCGUACAGAAAUUGUCAGUCGAAACAGAUCUUUGGAUAAUUCAUCUACCAAUUCCACCCCGCAGACGUCAGUUCUCCCUGUUUCCACAGAAAAACACAACACAACAGCAUUUCUCCAUUCCCCAGAUCCCCAAACCCAAAGCAAUCGUUGGAAGUCUCAGUCAAGCGUGUGUGACGUUAAAACACACAGACUCCGGAGACCUUCUGAAAGAGACGUGGAGGAACUGUUUGAAGCUCUGUACAUAUAGUUGUGUGUUUUAAAGGGCUACGCGGCCCUCACGCUUUUCUUUCUCAGGAUGGCAGAAUGUGUGCAUCUAAUGGAUCUUGCCUUACAAAUGUUUGCGUUGCCUUCCUGAGUGACUUUAAAAGAGAUCUAUGUAUAAAACCGUUCGGCCUGUCUAUGUACAGUUCUGAAGCUACAUGGAUAUAUAGAGAUAUCUAUUUGCGGUGUGUACAUGUGUGUUUGCACAGCUGUGACGGUAAUAAGUGCAUUUGCCACAGGCCACAAAGGAACAGAAGACAAUGAGAGUGAUGUCAGUUUUAUGAUUUAACCUGAUGUCAGUUUAAUAUUAACCUGCAGUGGAGUGUGAAUUUCACAAAAACUCCAUCAUAUUUCACAGCAAAUUCAAAAGAAUAAAAUAAGUUACAUUGAAUUUUAUGAUAAAAAUGUUGCAUUAAAUAUUAAGACUGUUUUUAACUCCAAUAUCAUUGUAAUAACUUUUUUUCAUUAAUGUCAUAAUGAAAAAUUUCAAUGAUAUAAUGGUCCUAAAAACAUGUCUUCAUGCUAAUUUUUAUUUAUUUAUUUAUUUUACAUUAAUUAUGACCUGCUGUAUUUGAAA